CUCAGUGCCUCUCUCCCACCUGGACUGUGUCACAGUGACGCUGCCGCCGCGCGCUUCACACCGUUUAACACAAGGAAGAAAGCGCGCGACGGGAUCGAAUGCUCCGCGGAGCGCGCGCUCCCUGUGUGACGACCAAUGCGAUAGUGACCUAACGAAGCCCCAACCGCCGCCGCAACUCUACCCGGGCCUUCCUGGGUUCCCCCGGAGCUUGUGCGCGGGCAGUCGGCGGCGGCCCGGACGCGCCCCGAUGGCGGCGGAGGGGGAGGCGGAGGCGGAGGCGGACGUGGAGUGGGUGGUAGACAGCAUCGCCGGCUUCCUGCGCGGGCCCGCCUGGACCAUCCCCAUCCUGGAGUUCCUGGAGCAGAAGUGCGCGGUUGGUUCAGGACAAUGUCUUCUCGUGUCUGGGGGGAAAAGGAAGUAUACACAUAGUUUUAAAAAAAGACUUUUUGAUGAUGAAGAAGAAAGCAAGUUGUCCUAUACGGAGAUUCAUCAGGAGUACAAAGCUCUGGUUGAAAAACUGCUAGAAGGUUAUCUUAAGGAAAUUGGAAUUAAUGAAGAAACAUUUCAAGAAGCGUGUUCAUCUCCUCUUGCAAAGUCACAUACAUCACAGGCCAUUUUGCAACCAGUGUUGGCAGCAGAAGAUUUUAGAUUAUUUAAGGAAAUGAUGGUACAGAAAAACAUUGAAAUGCAGUUGCAAGCCAUUAGAAUCAUUCAAGAAAGAAAUGGUGUGCUACCUGACUGUUUGACAGAUGGUUCUGAUGUGUUCACUGAAAUUGAACAACAAGAAAUGAAAAUACUCAGAGAGGUUCUUAGGCAGUCUAAGGAAGAGUAUGAAAUGGAGCAAGAAAGGAAAAGGUCUAAAGAGACAUAUGAUAAAUUGAAGUCAUCAGAUGUUACAUACGGCUGUCCCGGAUAUUCAAGAGAAGCAAAAGUUAAGGAAUCCACUGAAGAUAUUGAGAGAGUUGAUGAUUUUGAAGAAAUUGCAAAAUUAUCAUUAGAAGAAACAAACAAACCUACUAAGGAAGAUUUAAGGCCCGUGCAUCCUCUACUAAGAGUGAUAGAACCUCCUCCGCAGCCUUCUGAGCCUACCAAAGUGAAAGAAGAAAUUAAGAAAAAGGGAACUGGAAAUUGUUCAGAGAAUGCAACAAGAGAAGCUGGGCCUGAGGGAUUUAAUUUAUCAGAGCUUGAACCGCACCACCUCAGACAACGAGAAGACUAUUUAAAACAGAAGCGAGAUACACUGAUGGCUAUGAAGAAGGAAUCAAGAAAUAAUCUACCAACACCAAAUAUAGAUCAGAAAGAAGAGGCAUUAUCUUCUAAAGAGGAAAUGUCAGAAGAGGAGCAGCAAAGACUACUGCUAAAGAGGAGAAUGCUUGCAGCAAAACUUAAAGAAGAAGUUAUUAACAAACGCUAAGUUUUAAGACUCUCAUUGUAAGAAUACUUGUGGACAAGAAUUGAAUUUCUUUUAGAAUAAAUUAUUUAACCAUAAACUGCUUACUUUCAAACGCAGUAUACUGUUGAUUUUCCACAAGACAUGAGCAACUCAUUUAUUCAUAUACAUAAUAUUUAAAACUAAAUUGCAUCCACAGUAGUAAAAAUUUGAUUUCUCACACUAACCCAGUGAGCCAAGAUUUUCUAAAGUGCUGACUUCUCUGCGGUCUGCUAGAUGCUUAGCUCUUUAGAAAACCAGGCUACCUAUUUAGGUAGCACCUAAUAAUUAUGAUGUAUUAUAUUACCAUAACACCUAGGAACCCUAGCCAUGGACCACAUUGUCCUUGUGCAGUAAGGACUUAGGAUCCUACCUUUAGGCACCUGUUUUUGAAAAGCUUUGCCAUAGCCACUUAUUUAAAAUUACACCUUUGUUCUAUUUAAUAUAUAAAAAAUUCAAACACUUCUACAUCUAGAUGGAUACUUCCUUUUUUGAA